AUCGUACACUUCUCUACAAAGGAAAAUAAAUAUUAAAUUAUAAAAUGCGAUACUAGUUAUUAAUAUCCAUGGCAACAAUUGUAUACACAAUUAACACAAUUUUAAAUUGAUCAAGCUUAGCGAAAUAUAAACAACAUGGCGAGUAAAAGAAAUAUAAAGUUACAUGUAAAAUAUAUCAUUUAAUAAAUUAAUCUUUUAACUAUGAGGCAUCAAACUGUUCUUAUAUAUAUAUUAUUGGGCAAUUAGUCUGUUUAGCUCUCUUGAUUAUAACACCAAACUAUUUAAUUUCAAAAAUGUCGACUGAGAAGGUUCUUUAUCAAUUAUAUCAACCUCAUGGUUCUGGUACUGUCUACAUUUCAUGGCGUCCUGGUAAUAGUACUCAUUUAGCAACUACUGGUUAUGAUUCCUCAGUUGCUAUUUUUGAUAGACAAGGUGAUUUACAAGAACGUAUUCAAAUUGCUGGUCUUUGUACUGGUUUUGGAUGGGAUUCUGAUGGAGAUCUAUUGGCUAUUAUAUCUCAAAAUUCAUCUGCUAUUAUAUUAUGGGAUGCAACAACUGGAAAAAAAACACAAAUUGAUGCUGGUGUAAGAGAUGGAUUAACAUGUAUGAUAUGGGCAAAAAGAACUUGUUUAUUAGCAGUAGGAACACAGAAAGGAAAUUUAAUACUUUAUGAUCAUAUUAAUUCAAAACGAAUACCAAUUUUGGGAAAACACAAAAAAAAGAUAACUUGUGGUGCUUGGUCUUAUGAGGGUCUUCUUGCAUUGGUCAGUGAAGAUAAGAUUUUAACUAUUAGUACUAGUGAUGGAGAUACAAGACGUGAAAUACCUCUUCAAGGAGAUGCAUCUGAUAUUCAAUUUAAUGAAAUGAAAAUGGAUCACAGAGUUGGGGGUGAAAACACAGUAUCUCUUAUUAUUAGUAAAACUACCUUAUUUUUAUAUAAUAUUUUGGAUCCAGAAAAUCCUAUUGAAUUAGCUUUUCAAAAACGUUAUGGUCCUAUUGUUACUUAUAAAUGGUAUGGGGAUGGAUAUAUUUUAGUUGGUUUUCAAACUGGAUAUUUUACUGCAAUAUCCACUCACAUUAAAGAAGUUGGCCAAGAAUUAUUUCAAGUUAAGAAUCAUAAAGAUUCCUUAACUGAUUUGGCUAUAAGUCAAGUAAUAGGAAAAAUUGCUACAUGUGGAGAUAAUAAUAUAAAAAUACAUAAUUUACAAAAUUUAGAAGAGACUGAAAAAUUGAUUACAAUAAAUGGUGAAACUGGUAUUAGUACAAUAGAAUGGUCAAUGGAUGGUACAAUGAUAGCAACUGUGACUUAUAGUGGAAAUGUUUUAGUUUAUUUAAUACAGAUCCCUAGAUUAUUUAGCGUUUAUGGAAAUAGAAUUGCAUUACUUACUAGUUUAACAGAAGUUACAAUUUAUCUUUAUACAUUGGAUAAGGAGAAAUCAGAACCAAUAAUAAUUAAUACUAUAAUAGAACCAUCAGUAUUAGCAAUUGGUCCUAUGCAUGUAGCAGUAGGUUUAAAUAAUAGAGCAUUAUUCUGGGACAUAUCAGGCAUCAAUUAUAAUACUACAAUCCAUUUUGAAAGAGAUUACUUAGCAACAAUAGAUUCUAUACGAUUGAAUGAGACUUAUGCAUCUGUUUUAUUUGAUGGCAAAUUACAAUUACAUUCGAUUAAAAUGGAUCAAACAUUAACAAAAGAAGGGAAAGAUACAAAAAUGUUCCCAAGUUUAAAUGCUUCAGAUUACAAAAUAAUGUGCCAUGCCCUCAGUACUGAUUUUUUAAUCUAUGGUAGUGAUAUGGGCCACAUAAUUUAUUUUUGUCUAGAAAUUUUUAGUCAAUCUACUGAACAUAUACACAAUAAUGGUAUAAAAGAAAUUUAUUUAGAUACAAAUGGAACACAAUUGUGUUUUUUAGAUAAUAAGUUUGAUGUUUAUAUCUAUAAUCCUGUGCAAGAAACUGUUUUACAAAUUCUUGAUUGUCUAGACUGCAUUCAAGGUUUAAUUUGGGAUCAAAAUAUUUUGGAACAUAAUAUAUUUGCUAUUUAUAACAAAACUGUCAUUACUACAUAUGUAUUUGUAAAAUAUUUUAUUGAAGGUAUAAAAAUUAUAAAGAUAAACUCAACAAAACUACCAUCUGAAACAUUACCGCUAUUGAUGUAUUCUGGAGAACUGACAUUAAGUUCAACAAGUAAUAAAUUAAUGCAGAUUACAUUAUCUUCUCAUGAAGACAUAGGAAAUAUUGUAGAAUAUACAAAAAUGAAAGAAAUAUUAGAAAAUCAAAUUCUUUGUAGAAGAUUUGAACAGGCAUGGAUCACAUGUGAAAAAAUUAAUGAAAAAGAUUCAUGGUUAAAAUUAGGAGAAAAUGCAAUUGCAAAUUUAAAUAUUGAUUUCGCACUUCGAAUUUAUCGCUAUUUAGAAGAAGUUGCAAUGGUUUGGGCAUUACAAAACAUGGAAACUAUAGAUGAAUUACCAUUAUUAUGUGGACAUGCAUGCAUCUUACUUGGUAAUUACAAUCAGGCAGAGCAAUUUUUUUUACAAUCAUCAGAACCAGUACAAGCCUUAUAUUUGAGAAGAGAUUUAAUGCAAUGGGAGCAGGCAUUGAAUUUAGCUCAAAAAUUGAAAGCUGAUGAAAUUCCAUAUAUUGCUAGAGAAUAUGCUCAACAAUUAGAGUUUAUGGGUAAUUAUCCAAAAGCAUUAACAAAUUACGAACGUGGAUUAGUAGAUUUAAAUAAUGUAGAUAAUACAACUAUAUAUAAUCCUCAUCAUCGAAAUCUAUGUCUUGCUGGAAUUGCAAGAAUGUCAAUCAGAUGUGGGGAUAGUAGAAGAGGUGUGAAUAUAGCUAUGGAUAAUGAAAGUUCAAGACAGUUAAGAAAAGAAUGUGCAGAAAUAUUAGAAUCAAUGAAGCAAUUUAAUGAAGCAGCUUUAUUAUAUGAAAAAGCUGAAUAUUUUGAUAAAGCAGCUUCUGCAUAUAUAAAAUUAAAAAAUUGGCCAAAAGUGGGACAGCUUUUACCACAAAUUUCAUCUGCUAAAAUUAAUAUACAAUAUGCUAAGGCCAAAGAAACUGAAGGCAAAUAUGAAGAAGCAGCAAAGGCAUAUGAAAUUGCAAAAGAUUACGAGAACAUAAUUAGGAUUAAUUUGGAAUAUUUAAACAAUCCUGCUCGAAGUGUUGAAGUAGUACAACAAACUAAAAGUAUAGAAGGAGCUAAAAUGGUCGCGAAAUAUUUUCAGAAGAUGAAUGAUUAUAAUUCAGCAAUUAAAUUUUUAAUUUUAUCAAAUUGUCAUGAAGAAGCUUUUCAAUUAGCUAACCAACAUGGAAAAAUGGAAUUAUAUGGAGAAAUUUUAAUAAAUACGAUUGAUGAUAGUAAUUCACGGAAAGAAGAUUUCAAAAGUCUUGCUAUGCAUUUUGAAUCUCAAAAAAAUAAUUUUUUAGCUGGAAAAUAUUAUUUCCAUGCUAAAGAAUAUCAAAAAGCAUUACGACAUUUAUUAAAAGCUGUACAAUUGGUAACAGAUGAAAAUGAAGUACUUACAUUAGCUAUUGAUACAGUUGCUUCAUCAAAAGAUGAUAAAUUAGCAAAUCAAUUGAUUGAUUUUUUAUUAGGUGGAGAUGGAUUGCCAAAGGAUCCUAAAUAUCUAUUUCGAUUAUAUAUGGCUAGAAAACAAUAUAAAGAUGCUGCAAAAACAGCAAUUAUAAUUGCAAAUGAAGAACAAAUUAAUGGAAAUUAUAGAAAUGCUCAUGAUGUUCUAUUUGGCAUGUAUCAAGAAUUAAAAAAAAAUAAGAUUAAUAUACCUUUAGAAAUGCAAAAUAAUUUAAGACUUUUACAUUCCUAUAUUCUUGUUAGACUUCAUGUAAAAAAAAAUGAUCAUUUACGUGGUGCUCGUAUGUUAAUAAGAGUAGCCAAUAAUAUAUCAAAAUUUCCAUCACAUAUUGUUCCAAUCUUAACAUCUACUGUAAUAGAAUGUCAAAGAGCUGGAUUAAAGUAUGCUGCAUUUAAUUAUGCUGCUAUGUUGAUGCGUCCAGAAUACAGAAGUCAAAUUGAUGCUAAGUAUAGUAAAAAGAUUGAAGCAAUUGUAAGAAAACCACCAAAAUCAAAAGAUAAUGAAAUUGAAGAUGAACCUUUAACUCCAUGUCCAUAUUGUAAAAGUAAACUUCCAGAGACAGAAAUUACUUGUGACAAAUGUAAAAAUACAAUACCUUUUUGUGUAGCUACAGGUCGACAUAUUGUUGAAGAUGAUUUUGCAGUAUGUCCACAAUGUGAUUUUCCUUGUAUAAGAAGUGAAUUUUUAAGGAUCAUUGAAUCUGAGAAAACAUGUCCAAUGUGCUCAGAAAAAAUAGAUGUUAAUAUGAUUUCAUCCACUCUUGAUAUUCAUCCCUAUCUCGAUUUUCAAGAAGAAAAAUCAUAAGUAAAAAUCUAACUUCUAUAUCUAGUAGAAAUGUAAAAAAUAAAAAUAUUACUAUCAUUUUUAUUGAAUUGUGCCGUCCAAUAUAAGUAUAAUUAAAUUAAAUACAAGAUUAAAUACAAGAAUUAUUAAUUAAAUACACAAUUAAA